AUGGGCUCCAAGAGGCCCAAGACCGGCGGAGACGCCUCCGACCUGGCCAAGACCUGGGAGGCCGGGCUGGUGUCCGCCCGCCUCGAGGAGGAUGACUGGAAGCCUAGCAUCGCUUUUGUUGUGGGGACCAAAAUUGAGGAUCAACUCCACACCAAGGCCCUGUCUCUUGCUGUGCAGGUGCCACAGCGGAAGCUCUUCAGUGUAAUAACACGUGAAGAUAUUUACAAACAGAUCAGAGAGUCCGGAAACCAAAAGGGAAAAAAGGUUAAGGAUGUGCCCAUGUACCAUGAGGUGAUAGAAGUAGCCAAGGCCGUUCUGGAUAGUGGUGAAGAAAUUCCAGUAACGCUAGUUGGAAAGCUGUUGAAAUUUCAACUGCUUUGUCUCAAACAGAAGGACCUUCAGAGAAGAGAAGCUGAACGCAAGGCAGAAGAGCAACAAAAGGAAAAAGUCAAAUAUGGCAGGAAGGACAGCCUUACUAUUGCCAAGACUGCUGAGAAAGAAAAGACAAGAAGAAAGUCAGAAGUUAGCCCUGUACCACCAGUCCCUGUUAAAAAGGACACCAAACUGAAGCGAAAGGGAGAAGUGGAAGAGGAACACAAAUACAUUGAUGAUGAACCAGAUGACGGUGCCAAUCAUUACUUUAUAAUUUUGGAUUUCCACAACCCUCAGCUGCUGCCUGUGAUGUCUGAUCUUGGGAUUAACAUUUCAAGUGUAAUUAGAAUUUCUUCUGAGAAAUAUAAGCCAUUGCAGACAUACUUGGAAGCAACAAAACUUCAAGGAGUAUCUUUACCUAACGAAGCAGAUAAAAGAAAGGAAGAUGAGGCUAUCAGAAACCUGGAAACAUUUUGGAAAUACCUGUACCCAGUUCUGAACAGUGGAAAGCAUGGAUCAGAUCUCUUUGAUGUUGCUGUACUUCACCACAUAGUUAAGGAGAGUGUCUUUCCCGCUGUUUGGUCGGACAAAGAAAUGCUGCUCACACUUGGCACUGAGCUGUUUGAAAACAUUGCUCGUUUAAUGUAUGACUGCCUGGACUGGAGAAGACAGCAUUGUAACUACUUGAAAAACACCAGGUUCAUUAAUGUGACUGCAUUAACAGAGAGAAAGUUGACACAACCACCUGGAAAUGAGGUGCAGACAGCAUUAGAGAUUACACCUUCAAAGACAGAAGGGCAAGCAGAAGAUCUGCCAAUGACAAUUUUAUCACAGGAUGAAGAAGCUCCUUUCUUGGCUGAUUCUGUGGACAUGAGAUAUUACAAUGACUUGCUGAGUCAGAUUCCUGAGGAGUGCUUUUCCGUACCCUUAAUGCUGAACUGCAUGUUGGAACAGGUUAUUGCAAGCGAAGAAGACCUUACACCACCUAGUCUGAUGGUGCCAGAGCCCCGGGCAGACGGGCUACAUCAUGCUAUUGCAGAUCAUAUAGCCUCUGUCCUCCCUUCUCUUUCACUCUCUGAGAGUGAAAAAAAGGAUCUCUAUGACUACUUUUCUCCUCAAUACAGUGAAAAAAAGACUGUCACCCCCAAGUACCCUCUCUUAUUUAACUACCAUGAUACCCUGGCCCAGCGGUUGCACCUGCUGGAGGACCAGAAGAGCUUAGAUCCGGAAAAGAUUGAAUAUGAAAUGAUGGAUAAACUGCCUCUUACAGAACUUAUCCAUUUCACCCUUCCUUCAACAGAAAACAUCACUAAACGCUUGGCCAGAGUUCACGAGCUCAUGCAUUAUUGUACCAGGGGACUUCUGAGUUGGACUGAAGUAGAAAGAGCCUUCAGAGUGUUUACUUUUGAAAGCCUGAGGCUGACUGGGCUGAGUGACUCUGGUCUCCUGGAGAGCUCUGGAACCAUGGUUGGAGGUGAUGCCGAACUGUGUUGUAUCCCUUGGGAUAAUCCAGCCAUGUUUGCAGGACAGCUGAGACAACGCUUCCUUAUGGAAAAGAAGCUUAGUGAGCAAUCUCCAAAAGAUUCUGAACAUACAGGAAGAAAUGAUAAAGAUGGAAUAGAUGGUCGGGCUGAUCCAGUUUUGAAGAAGGGGCUGAAUCUUUAUGUUUCUGAUAUGGCGAAUCUGGAAAAUUCUGGCCUAGCAGCAAGCUUAGAAGAUAUCAAAAAGACACAGAGGCGUUGUCUGACAGACUGGACUUUGGCUGAGCAUUUUCAACCCCAUGUUCUUCUUCAGGUUCUUCAUGCUGCAUCCCAGGAAUAUAGAUGUAUUGAUACCUUUCAUUAUACCCAAGAGAACUCUUUGCUAAUGGUUCUUCACAAUCCUAUGAAUCAGCAUCGUUUAUGCCAAGAGACUUGGAAUACUUCAUUGCUCUCUAAUGUUGGUUUCAGGAAUUAUCUGGAGCUGGUGGCUAAAUCCAUUGAAGACUGGGUGAAAGAGGAAGAAGACAAAUACCAAGAAGAGAAGAUAGCUAAGGAAACAGAGGCUCUUAAACAGAAAAAAGCCAUGGCAGAAGGACCUUUUGAAUUGUCUGCAAGUGCUGUUGAAACAACUGGCUUCCCUCAGAGAUCCAGAAGCAGCCUGACACCUGAGAGCAUAAUGGAGACCAUUCCAGAUUAUCAAUUCAAAAAAAGGGAUUCGUUUAUCAGAGAAGGUUCUCUAAAGGCUUGGAAGAAGGAGCAGGACCAAUUACUAGAGGAACAACUUAAGGAAGAAAAAAAAGGAAAAAAAGAAGCUUUGGGAGAUAAAAAGAAAGGACAGGAGAAAACACAUGAAGAAGGUGAUAAGCCAGGAGAAGAUGCUGAACUUGAGGAGGAUUCUAGCACCCCAGAACCACAGCCUGAGAAAGUGUAUAGGUUUUUUGGCUACAAUACAGGGGAGGAUCUCAUUCAAGUGUCAGGAACCAAUCAAUAUCUCUUCCCAUGUGAUGGAGGACAGAUUCAAGUAGAGAAGAUGGAGUUUUUAAAAGGUCCGACUUUGAUAAAGGUGAAAGUGAUAAUAGACAAGCAUAAUUUCUUCAUUCAUAUCACAGACCCCAAGAAAAACUUAAAAGAAAUGGCAGUGCGAGAUACUCAUAAAGAACAAGAAAUUAAAUCAGGAAAAUUGAAAAAUCAAAAGACAUCUUGGAGCAAGUUUGGAUCUUUUUCAGCCACCUUGGAAAAUGGAAUCCAGCUGUCCGUGAGCUAUUAUGGACCUACAGGGAAGACAGCAGAUGAUGAAACAGACCUUCUCUUGGCAAGAAUUCUGAACAUCCCUUCUGUUCAUAGUCCGACCAUAGUUUCUCCUGUUACAUCAGCUUCAGGAAAAAAAGAUAAGUCUGCCAAACAAAAAUCAGGAAAAUCUCAGCCAACUGCAAAAGCAAGCCUUAGCAAAACAGGCCUUCCAUCACCUGAUGACCAGGUGGAAAUGGAAGAAUCAGCUUCCAAAACACAAGUGAUGUCAGAUGCUCUUGAUUUCCCAAGUUUGAAUGUCUCCUGUCCCAAUGGACUAGUAUUAACUUUCCUUGGUGAAAUUUUUGGAGGCAAGUUUUCUGAGCCACUGCAAAAUUUGAAAGGUGAAGCCACUGUGUCUGAAGCUGAGAAAGAGGUGGUAAAGGAAAGUGAGGCCAAAGCAGAUGACGUUAAGGAAGAGGAGACCGAAGCAAAGAAGGAGGAGGUUGUGGAAAGUGAAGAGAAGGAGCAUGAGGUUACAGAAGGUGCAAUAAAACACAAAGACACCAAGAGAGAACAGCCCAAGCAGCAUACUCUGGAAAUUCUGGUUAGGCAGAGUUAUCCCCAAAAGGUAAAGAACUCUCAUCUGUAUAUGCCUGUGGCAUGGCAAAUAGAGCAAGAAGUGUCAAGAGUCAUCACCAAUGAAGGAACUGUCAUAAAGUACAUGAUGGAUGGAUCUACCCAGAUUCUGUUUGCUGAUGGCACAGUGAUUACAAGUCCUGAUUCUGGCCCUGUUCUACCACCACCUACCAUUCCAGAUAAUAUGGAAAUGUUACUAGAAUUGGAGCCUUUACCUGAGACCAGCACUAAUAAAGAGAAUGCAAAGUCUGCAGGAAGAGGUAGUAUCGGAAAUGGUGUAUCACAGCCAACCAAGGAUGAGCUGUUUGAAAAUACUGUGCAGGGUCCAGUUAAUUCUGAGCAACCUAAGGAGAUCAAGGCCGGAACCUGGAUAACAACAACCCCAUCGGGCAUUCGGAUAGGCACUGAGGGAGCAAAGAGAAUGGAUCUGAAGCCAGUCUUAACCUAUCAGGGAACUGACCCAGCUGAUGGAACGGUCAUGACUGUACGAGAUGAUGAAGUAACAAUUGUUGAGAAGCGGGAUGGUAGCAGAGUAGUAGAACAUGCUGAUGGUACUAGGAUCACAACUUUUUAUCAAAAACGUGAAGAGUGUUUUGUACCAGAGGAUAGUGAGGAACGAGAUGAACAUUUGGAAGCCGUCACAAGGAAGGUGAAAUGUAUGCGAGUGGAGAAUCCUAAGUUUGCUACUGUUACAACAAAUUGUGAGGAUGGUACCUGUUGUACCAUCUUUGGAGAUGGCACAUCUAUUACAGCAAAGCCACAGGGGACAUACCAGGUUUUACCCAUCAAGGCAGGUUGUCUUUUCAUUGAUGAAGAUUGCUCAGCAAUUUAUACCCAUGAAGUUCACAAUUUUAUCAGCAAGACAAAAGAGAAACAAGCAGAGAGAUACAUUAUGAAACACACUUCAAGCACUGUUUGUGAGAUGAUGGAUUCUGAAGGAAAUAUUUUCAAGGUCAUGGCUGAUGGCAGCACAUCUGUGUGUGUUCGUAGCAUUGGCUCUGAUGACAAAAAAGACAGAUGGUUCCCAUCAGUACUCCCAGAAUUUAACAAACCUAUCAGUUAUGAUGAGCAUGUGCCCAGGUUCUUUGUCAUCUAUAUGGAUGGUUCUGGAACCGAGCUCCUGCGAGGCAGUGAUGUACAUAAAUACCUGGCUGAGGUCUCUAGUGAUCCCACUGCUGCCAUCUUGCAGGAUCCUGUACAAGAAUGUCCAGGUGUCUUAAGUAUUACUGUCCUCCGCCCUUUGGCUGAUGACUCCCCCUGGGUCAUGAAGAAAGAACCAGAGAGCAUUGUUCCUCCAAAUCUUCAGUCAAGGACCCAGGACACAUUUUCUUCUCUUGAGAGGAAGAUCACAGGUCCCUCAACCAGAACACAUCAUUGGAGAGGUCUCUGCAUUGGAUCCGCAGACCGGACGCGUUUGCCAGUACACCUCAGAAAAUGUCCUAAUAAACUGCAAAUCCGUCAGCUAUUCCAGUAUAAGUCACUCAAUGAUGAAGUAAGAGGAAAGCUGCAGCUUUACCUCAAGAAAUAUAUCAACAACAUUUUGGAGCAGGAAGAUGAGCUGGAAGAGAUGAAUGUCAAAGACCCAAGAGCAGAAGAGGAAAAGGAUAAUGCUGCAAGUCUCCGUGAACUGGUUAUGACCUUCCCUAACUGGGAGAAGUCAAGAGAGAAUCUCAGUGAUAAAGCUCAUGUAACUGAGCUGUAUGAACAGGCAGUGCGUUCUCCUCGCCAAUGGCGCACAGAGAUGACAAUCACUAUGCAAGGAAAGGACCAACAGCAGAGAUUCAGUCCAAAAAGAGUACCAGUGUCCAAGUGGAAGAAAAGACAAAAAGAGCACAGGAAAGAACUUGAGGAAGGAAAGGAGUACAUAAUGGCAAUAAGAAACAAAACAUUUCCUCCGUAUUUUGAAUCAGAAAUCGGCAAAGAGUUUCUCCAAAAACAGAUUGCUGAUGCAAAAGCACAGUCUGUGGGACUUCGUCCAGUUAAAAAAAAAGAGAGUGAAAAAUUGCCUCUUGACACAAUAAAAAAACCCAGCAAAGCUGCCAACAAGGCUUCAAGAUCACAAGAAACACCCUCUAAACGUAAAGGUCAGAGUCCACUGGCGAAACCUGCAGGAAAGCGAAGAAAAGAUAAAGAGAAAUCACCAUCAUCCCUUCAGGGGAAAAAAACAAAGUCCUUAUCAAGUAAAAAGUCCUCCCCUAAGUUGGAGAAGUCAAGAGAGAAUCUCAGUGAUAAAGCUCAGGAAAUUGAGCUGUGUGAACAGGCAGUGCGUUCUCCUGGCCCAUGUCCCACAGAGACGACAGUCACUACACAAGGAGAGGACCAACAGCAGAGAUCCAGCCCUGAAAGAGUAACAUCAGAGUCCGAGUGUGAGAGCAAGCUGGAAGAGCACAGGAAGGAACUUGAGGGAGGAAAGAAGUACUUAAUGGCAACAAGAGACGACAUAUAUCCUUCAUAUUUUCAAUCAGCAAUUGGCAAAAAAAUGAUCCCACAAAAGUUUUCUGAUGUGACAGUACUGUCUGUGGGACUUCCUCCAGUUCAGAAACAGGAGAGUGGAAAUUUUCCUGUUGAGAUGAUCGAAAAACCCAGCAGAGAUUCCUCACCUUCACCUGACCUUCUGCUUGAGGCACGUUCAGAACAAACUGAGGGUUCCAGUGCCAAAACAGACAAGGCUUCAAGAUCACAGGAAACACCCUUUAAACGUGAAGCUCAGAGUCUGCUGGUGAAUGUUGCUGGACAGCCAAGAAGAGAGAAAGUGAAAUUACCAUCCUCCCUUCAGGGGACAAAACCAAACUCCAUACCAAAUAAAAAGGUAGAAGAUACUGUUGCAGGAAAGGUCAACACAUCUUCUCUUGCAACAAGAAAACAGGAUCUUAGCUGUUUCCAUCUCAUUCCACCCAGUGUGGCACUUGGAGUGCUAAAGGAAGGCUGCACCUAUGCAGCCACUGUGAUCCUGAAAAAUGCUGGUGUGAAUUUCUCAAGGUUUCGGGUGAAGCAACCGCCUUCGCACACUGGACUGAGAGUGACAUACGCAGCAGGACCUGUGGCAGCAGGUUUGCAGGUUGAACUGGAGAUAGAGAUUUUUGCCAUGAUAAUUGGAAGCCACGAUGCCCAUGGCCUUAAAGAAAUUUCCCAUGAUAUUGAAAUAGUAACAGAAACAGAGACUCUUCUCCUGCCUGUGAGAGCAACUGUGUUAACCACUGACGUGUAUGAGUGCCGCCCACAAGGAUACCCCCAGGGGGGGAUGGCAGCAACGGUCCGGGUAGUUCCUCCAAGCCCCAGGGUUCUAUUACCCCGAAAGCUUUCUAGUUAAUGUCAGAGUCCUAAAAGAAUCACAUGAAGAUCAGCAAUCCUGAAAUACCCAAAUUUCAGUCCAAUAUUAUGGAAACAUCCCAAUGUAGGCUUUGUCAUUUAUUAAAUAAGAUUAAUGUGAAUGAAUAUUUUUGUCUAUCCCCUAUUAAUGGGAAAGGUGGUCCAAAAGUUGCACAGCCUUCUGACGUGUCUGUCUGGAAUGCAGGCAGUGGGAAUAUUACUG